AUGAUUCUUGAACGAAAAUAUUCAAUUGAUGGCACAUAUACAUCUUUUGAUUUUCGAUAUUACCAACUUGUCUUUGAACAUAACUUAUCAGAAAAUUCUAAAUGCUUCGAAUCCGUUGCUGAAGCUCGAGACUCUCAAAAAACAGGAAGAUUCUCAAUAUUAUAUGAUCUCAACAAUACAAAAUAUCUUAUGAAAGAUAAUUUUCGACACUUUAUAAUCGAAUAUCCAGAAAUACAACUAAUUAAUUCCUGGAAACAAAUAAAUUCCCCUACAGAUGAAAUAGAAGUGCCAGGUCAAACCAAAGCAAUCGGAUUUUCUCCUCAAGUUACUGAAGCUCCAAUGAAACAAUGGGGAGGUCUUGUUCGUACCAACAUCCUAGACAAUAAUUAUGGCGUGAUAUUUUCAUAUCUAGAUGGACAUCCAGGUGUUUGGACAUGGUACUUUACUAUUGGGCUACUUUGUCAGACUAGCUACAACAGUGGAGGAAUACCUGUUAAUAGUCAAUAUACUGUUAAUAAAGUGAGCCUCUGGAGUGCGACUAAAGAAUAUCCUCAUUCAAAUAAUGCUAAGUGUUCAUGUUUUAGUUCUGUAUUUCGUUCUUCCAUGUUUGAAUUAUCGACUUUCAUAUUUAUUUGCAUAUGA